UUAACAAAUAAAUAUGAUAAUGGUGUGUUACGGCUGAUGAAGUAACUAAAAUCUUGGUUCUUACAUUUGUGUUAUCAAAUCUUUUUCUUUUCUUUGUUUCAGCCGAUAUUUUCGACGAAGUUGGCGAUCAAGUGAAAUCGAUUCCUGGUUUGCGCGCCAAAUGCCUCGGAGGUGGUAGAAUAGAGCACGACCCCGAUGAGAGGACCAUCAAAGUCUACGGAUACUCUCAGGUAAAUCCGCAGAUUAAUGAGCCCUAACGAACUUCGCUGGUUUACUAACUCUCGAUUCAUUUACAUCCUAUUAAUUUAACAACCAUUACCAUUCUACCUACAUCGUCAUUCACAUUGUCUUCUACGCUCUUCUGAACUUUGUCCACGUUAUUUAAUAAUGCAAUUACGUUUAAAUCCCGAAGAGUCACAGGUCAGACGCAGUGGAUGAAAGUUUUAUUAUGUCGAUGUAUCAAGGAGACUUUGAUAGAAAUUCCCCAUUAAGUCAAGCUUAAGAGCAGAUCGGAAUUAAAUGAAAGAUAAAUCCGCGAACGUGGUAGAUAAAAAAUUGAAUUUCGCCUGAGAUUUGCAGGGCAAACUCAGUGUGUACCAAUGAUCAUUCACCGGCUCCCAAUUUUAAACAGUAAAAGUUGGUAAACUAAUUAUUCUACUUUCAAGAUAACGAUGGAGUAAAGGUAUGAUGAGAUCAGCGAAAUUCGCAUAAAACUUUAUCGUAUCAUAGCCACAGAACCAAUCGCGAUAUACGAUCGAGGGGUUUGUUUAUUGAAAAAAUAGUUUUCCCGGGUAUAAACAAGAAAGCCUUGAGGGAGAAUAAUUUUAAUGUUGCCCGGGGUAUCGUAUCAUUUUUUUUUUCUUUUUGUUUUUUCGCGUAUCAAAGUCGAAAGCACUGUAAGAAUUGAUCUUUGACUUUAGGCUAUAGAAAAUUCGUAAUUUACGAAUUGGUAAAAGAAACGAAAAAAGUGAUGUGACGUUCGAUUUACUUUCAGGGUUUCGGAAAGGCAGAUCACGAAGUGUCUGUUAGUCUAUUGAAAAAGCAGUAUCCCGAUUAUACUAUCACUUGCUCCGACGAUGGAUAUUAA